GUUCAUCUUCGCCCCCUUAUUUAUACCAGGAAGUGUAUUGUGUUUACAUAGUGCCCCUGGAAUGAGAUAAUUAUCCUCUUUCAACAAGGGCCAUGGGGAACACCGACAGUGUUGUGGUGCAGAAACGGCUGGCCCGUUUUCGCCCAGAGGAGCGGCCCGUUGUGGAGGGAGUGUUCGAUCGGCUUCACGGCGCGAGUCCAGCAGGUGGCGCUGGAAAAGCAGGGAAGGUUUUAACGCUGGGCAUGUUGAAGCCCUGUAUGGGAAACAUUGCCUCAGACUCUAUGAUAAAGAGGGUCUAUGCUGGGAUGUGUAGCAUGGACCCCGGAGUGGCCCCUCCUCCCCCUGGGGCUGGGGUGAGUCGGGAGCAGCUGGUGGUCUUCUUGGCCGAUGUCCUGCGAGGCACUGCAGAGGAGCGAGCGCCCAUUUUCAUGGCAAUGGCUCAGGGGACAGGGACAGGUGUUGCCACAUGUGACCAAAUAAUAGAGUUCUUGCAGGACCUGGUUUCUGCUGUGGUGCAGAUCAUCAUCCAGAAGAGUCGUUUGCAGGGCUGGAAGCCAGAGCGUAUGGCUGACGGUUCCAUUGGUGUUAAACUAUUGGCUGAACAGAUGAGCUCUGAACUAAAACCCUCAGACCAGCGUACCUGUGACGUCCCAUGUUUGGAGGACUGGCUGUUCAGAGUUUCCAAUGUGGCCAUGUACAUGGACCUUCUGAUAGGUGAAGGCCUAAACGUGGGCUUAACCUCGCCCCCUCCCACCCUACUGCCCCCCUGCUGGGAAACCCCUUGGGAGAAGCUGCGCUGCCUGCUGGACCUGCCCGUGCUGAUGUUCCUCACACCACAGUUACCUGAUGGGUACAACAUCCCCUGGAAGCUGCUUUUCUCCACUCAGCUGCACGGGGAGAGCUUCACCAAAAUAGUAGGCAGCUGUAAAGGCCGCGGGCCCACCGUGCUCCUGAUCAAAGACACUAAAGGACACAUCUUUGGUGGCUUCGCCUCCCAUGGCUGGGAAGUAAAGCCUCAGUUCCAAGGAGACUCCAGGUGCUUCCUGUUCUCAGUAUUCCCCUGUCUACGGGUGUACACCUGCACAGGAUACAACCAGCACUACAUGUACCUCAACCAGGGCCAGCAGACCAUGCCCAACGGCUUGGGCAUGGGUGGUCAGCAUGGGUACUUUGGCCUGUGGCUGGAUAGUGAUUUUGGCCGUGGGCAUAGCCGGGCACGGCCUCGCUGCACUACCUAUGGCAGCCCUCAGCUCUCUGCUGAGGAGGACUUCACCCUGGAUUCUCUGGAGGUGUGGGGGGUUGGGAAGCCCCCUGAGGAGGAAGAGGGAGCGACAGGAGGCAAGAGGAGUAUCCUGGAUGCAGACCCUGAGGUUCAGGCCAUGAUGGAGAUGGCAGGGAAGACCCUACACAGCCAGGGCCUCCGAGAGCCAGAGGAGAACAAUGGAUAAUGAGACAUGUAGACGUUAUAUAGAUUUGUCACAGUCUCUUCUCGGACAAGACAUGUCAAGAAGACAUUUUGUAGAAAAGGGUGCACUAAUCACCUAGGGGCCGAUUCUGACCCAAGUUAAGCGAGCGUGAAUGGAACGUAAUUCCCUUUUCUCUACACUUAUUCUGACCUUGAACUUAAGCAUGAGAAUAGCAUGCUAUUCACCCACUAUUCUUUUGGGUUGGAGAUCGAAUAAGUGUAUCUACAGGUACGCUGUAUUUUGACCUUGACUUAAUUCCCAAAUAAUUUCACCACCUUUACGCCCAAGGAACCAUGAAUAAGGUCUAGCGAACCUACCGCUUCCAAGCGGAGAAAGCAUCUACUCUAGCCAUAACAGUAUGAACCCGACACAUGGCGCAAUACUUGGUUGUGUCAUCACACAGUUCCAUGGUUAGUGCAGGCAAUAGAUUAGGGUAUAGAACACUAUUGUACACUUUUCUCCCUAUUGUAAAUCUAUGUACAGUACACUAAUCUUCCAACAUUACAAUGGGUUGAAGACUUGAAUGUGGCAAUUUUCAGAAUGAAUCAAACCACUUUUCUUUCGUGAGUAAAGGCUCUCCUAACCUGUUCUUUUAUGAUUCAUAAAUACUUUCCUAAGCCUAAAUAACCUACAAGAUCAGGGUAUUUUUUUUAAAAUCUACUAAUUGGUGUUGAAACGGAGACAAAUAUGUAUAUAUUUAGAUCGCUUUCUUUCAUGAUCCCUAAUAUUCUGAACCCGAAGUUCUCUUGAUCCAUUUUAGUGAGUCUGUGGUCAAAAUUCUAACUAAGAGGUACACCGUAUUUAAAGGGAUGGCUUAAGAUAAACGUACUGAACCCUAUUGAAUGAAAACUCCACACGAAUAUCUGUUGGCCAACAAGUGGGAGGGUUGUCAGCGGUUAACCACACCGGCAAAGCUCGUUCGUUACAGUCUGAAUACCAACUACUGAGAAGUGUGUAAAAAAAGGCGUGUGUAAGGAAGGAGUAAUUUCCUAAAUUGGAAUUGGGCACCUAACCCCAUAUGUAUGUUUUGUUUAUCUUUGUGUGUGUGUGUGUGUAGAUGGUUAAGUCAGAUUUUUAUCUGUGUGAAGUACAGGUACUAUUGGCUACAUUAACUGAACAGGACACCAGGUGUUGCCCAAUCACAUCAACCUUUAUCUUCUCAAAUCAAAUUUUAUUGGCCACAUAAACAUUUUUAGCACUUGUUAUUGCGGGUGUAGAGAAAUGCUUGUCUUCCUAGCUCCAGCAGUGCACUAGUAUGUAACAUAUAUAUAUAUAAAUAUUAGGACGAGUCUGUCUGAGCUCAUGUGAACAAGUAUUUAAAGAAAUAUUGUAAUUGAUUAAUACUUUGUAUUGUCAUAAGUCAUUGUUUUGCUUUGAUGGCUUUUUAUUCCAAAGUGUUUAGUAAGGAUCCUAUAUGUAAACAUUGUUUUUCACCUAUAACAUGAAUGGUAUGUAAAACCUUUUAUUUUUAAGUAUGACACUAGAUAGACAUAAUGGCUAAUCUACUUCUUUACAGCACCAAUAAAUGUAAACUUCCAGGAGGCAACUUACAGUAAUGAAGCCUACAUAACCUA